AUGGAUCCGCUGUACAUCACUUCGCCAAACUCGAGCGCCGAUAACGGGAGCGCCGGUUCUCCGGUAAACGACACGGAGGUGUUCGGGAACCAGUUCGUGCAGCCGGUCUGGCAGAUCGUACUAUGGGCUAUCGCGUACUGCACUAUAGUUCUGGUGUCGGUAGUGGGAAAUAUCACGGUGAUCUGGAUCAUUUUAGCGCAUAAGCGCAUGAGGACGGUCACCAACUACUUUCUGGUGAAUCUGGCGUUCGCGGAGGCGUCCAUGUCCGCCUUUAACACCGUCAUUAACUUUAUUUACGCGGUGCACAAUGAGUGGUACUUCGGGCUGGUUUACUGCAGGUUUCAUAACUUCUUCCCGAUUGCAGCUGUCUUCGCCAGUAUUUACUCUAUGACCGCUAUAGCUCUGGACAGGUAUAUGGCGAUCAUCCACCCGCUCCAGCAGCGUCUGUCGUCCGCUGAGACUAAACUGGUGGUGUGUGUGAUCUGGGCGCUGGCGCUAAUGCUGGCGUUCCCUCAGUAUUAUUUCUCCAGCACGGCUCAGCUGCCGGGACGCGUCGUGUGCUACAUUAACUGGCCGGAAUACAGCAUGUGGGACUUCCAAAAGACGUAUUACGUCUGUGUGGUUGUGCUCAUCUAUUUUCUGCCUCUGCUGGUCAUGGGUUGUGCUUACCUGGUGGUGGGAUGUUUUCUGUGGGCGAGCGAGAUUCCUGGAGACUCUUCAGAUCGGUAUCGAGAGCAGCUGAUCGCCAAACGCAAGGUGGUGAAGAUGAUGAUCGUCGUAGUGUGCACCUUCGCCGUCUGCUGGCUCCCCUAUCAUGUCUACUUCAUAGUGCACCAGUUUCUUCCACACUUGUUUGAGGAACGCUACAUCCAGCAGGUCUACUUGGGGAUAAUGUGGCUUGCUAUGAGCUCCACCAUGUACAAUCCCAUCAUCUACUGUCUUCUCAACGACAGGUUUCGAGCGGGAUUCCAGCAGGCGUUUUCCUGGUGUCCGUGCGUCCCUCAAGGCUCAUAUGAAGGUCUGGAGCUCAAGUCUACUCGCUAUCUUCAGACGCAGGCCAGCAUCUUCAGGGCCAGCCGAAUGGAAACCACAGUAUCCACAGUGAUGCCAACUGGAGACGGAGAACUUCCAGAGAAUCCAAACCGAAGCUCCGUAGAUCUCACGUCCAAUGGCUCUUCUCGAAGUGCCUCAAAAACCGUCUCCGAGUCCUCCUUCUAUUCCAGUAACAACGUAGCAUAG